AUCCGAUCAACACAGACCAAGAUGUUCAAAUUGGUGGUGUUGUGUGCUUUCCUCGCCGCGGCGGUGGGCGAACCCAGUGGGCUCUUUUCACCUUUGGCGUACUCUAGAAGCUUUAUAUUACCGGCUACAACAACUAUCACCAACCAGGCCAGCAGUGUUAUCCAUCCUUCACCAGCAUUUUAUUCCGCACCUUGGGCUUACAGCACACCUCUAGCCCAUUUCAUCAAGAAACGAUCAGCUGGAUUCAUCAGCUCUUAUCACGCACCAAGCUACAUAGCACCUACUCCGUUUUUGGCUUCAUACGCUGCUGCUCCUUUGCCUACCACGUACUCUUACGCUGCGGUCGCUCCUUUGACCACGACUUACUCAUCGCCAAUCUACAGUACCGCCGCUCAUUUGAUUAAGAAGCGAUCGGCUGGAUUGAUCUUGCCUACUACAUACUUUGCUCCUACAUACGCUGCAGCAACUCCUUUGGUGACGUCAACAUAUACCGCUCAUGCACCCGUUUUCUCAACGCCGUUCGUGUCUGCUACUCCGAUAACUUACUCGCAUUUGAUAAAGAAACGAUCCGUUGCUCUGAACUUCCCAGCAUACUCAGCACCUGCCUCCUACUCGCAUCAGUCUAGAGUUGACAUUAAAAGUUCGCCUGCUAUUACUUCAUAUUCGUACUCAAGCCCAGCUACAUACUCAAUCCCUACUCUAUACUCAAGCCCUGCUGUGUACUCCAGCCCUGCCUUGUUUUCUCACAUUUAACUCAAAACUUCAAGGAUAAUAAAUAAAUGAAAAGAAACCAAAAUCACC